CCCGCUCUGGGAUGGGGUGAUGGUAUGGUCCACUUGCAGUUCGGAGUUGUUGCUGAGGAGGUUCCACUGUUCGGCGGCACUGUUCAGAGUCGCGUGCGGUUGGGAGAGCAUGAAACUGUACCAAUUUUGAAAAUGGUACCGACUUCAUUUCAGAGUUACCUUGGGCAGCGCUGGAGGGUUGCGAUUUGUCUCAUUUUCUACGUUGCUUCAGGUGCUUGGUGCAGUCAGGUGGUGGUUCCUCCGCGGGUGAGCGCUGUUCUGGGAAAGAACGUCACGUUAGAGUGCCGGGUGGAGGUUGGCAAAAACCUGACUCUUACUCAGAGUUCCUGGGAGCGCCGUCUGCCUUCAGGCUCCGCCACAGUGGCUGUGUACAACCCAGAGUUUGGCACCUCCAUCCCCCCAGAAUAUAUUAACCGCCUGUAUUUUCGCUCACCUACCUCUCACGAUGCCACCAUUGUCCUGAAAAACGUAGGCUUUUCUGAUGUCGGAAUCUAUACCUGUAAGGUCGCUACAUUUCCUCUGGGGAACACUCAAGCUUCUACUACGGUCAAUGUACUUGUGGAGCCAAAGGUCUAUGUGUCUGCUGGUUCAUCCGCCCUGAUUGAUGGCGGCAAUGAGACGGUGGUGGCCACCUGCAUCGCAGAGCGAGCUCGACCCCCCGCCGAGGUGUCUUGGGAGUCUAACCUGUUCGGCCAAUCAGAAGUACAGUUGUUUGAUGACGUCAAUGGCACAACCAGCACACAAGUACGCUACAUCUGGCAGCCCACACGCCACGUCCGGGGCAACACACUGACUUGUGUGGUCCGUCACCCAGCCUUGCAGAAUGACUUCAGGAUACCUUACCAGCUCAAUGUUCAGUUUGCUCCUGAUAUAUCAGUUGUGGGGUACGAUGGAGACUGGUACGUGGGCCGUGAAAAGGUACAGAUGGCUUGCAAAGCCAACGCAAACCCGCCGGUGCAUCACUUCAGAUGGAUCAGACUGGACGGUGAAAUGCCACAGGGUGUGGAAAUAAUGAACAGCACUCUGCUCUUCCUGCGGCCCCUCCAGCGAAAUGACUCCGGAGUCUACAGAUGUGAGGUUGCCAAUGACAUCAGCCUCCGCAGUCGAGAUGUUCGCAUUCUCAUUCAAGAUCCUCCCACCAUGCCUUCCACCAUUACCGCUCCUGUCCUCACUGGCUAUUCCUCCUCCACCUUUGUGGUUGAUAAAGGCCAUGUUCUUCUGAGCUCCCCCACACUUGAAGCCCUGCCCGAAAGUAACCUUGGUUCCAUAGUGGGUGGGGCCGUGGGAGGGGCCUUGUUCCUGCUACUGCUGUUGUGUCUGGUUGGCGUUUGUUACCUGCGGAAACACCAGAGUUUUCACGGCAACUACUACACCAAGCAGCAUGCGGGCAACAGUGAUCUUCAGAAAGCUCCUGCACAGCACGAACUCCGCCCCACCAGCUCCUGCAAACAGGACCAAGACCGGGAGGAGUGGGGGGACCGCAAGCUCAAACAUGACCGGGACCGCCGCCUCCACUCCAGCUACAACGGAGAAGAGUACCCUGUCAACGGCUACACCAGGGCUAUGAGGGAGAGCAGUCACCAGAGUCCACAGCAGAAUUACCAUCACGAACACGCCCAGUAUCCAAGUCCACAGCACGCCAGGAGUGCCAGAUACCCUCAGUCACCUAAACCACUAGGAAACGGCUCCGCCUACCUGUCAGACCACUGCCGGGACAGAGUCGCUGAGGGUGAUUACGUGUCGCACACGGAUGGCUCGGUCAUCUCACGUAGGGAGUGGUACGUUUGACAGUCCACCUGGUUCUGCAGGAGCAGAGACGCAAAGUAAAAGGAAAAAAUUAGUAAAACACUCUAAUUGUCAUCUGUGUGCACACAGGUCUACUUGAAUAUUCAGUUGUUGGCUUGUUUUGUUCAAGCAUCCAGAUUUACACUUGAGACAAGAUGUUUGUGUUUCUGAGGACUGCUCAAAGCACUUUGACGGUCUGCAUCAUGGAGCUUGAUAGUACUUUGUGUUUAGAGAGAAGUGUCAAAUACUCUGCUGUAGCUGCCUUACUGUGGACUGCCAUUUCUAAUCUGUCUUCUGUUCAUUUCUACAUAAUCCACUAACAUUUGAUUUUUAUUUGACUCCAUACAAGCUCACAAAAAACCUCCCUUAAAGAAACUAAUUUACUUUGAUUAAAAGCGGAAUGCAGUCUUUCAAAAACCUACAACUGGUUAAAGUAUAUUUCUUUAAUUUUUUUGCAAUUUACAACAACUAUUACUUCAAAAAAAUCUUUUGUUUUUUAUCAUUUGCUGUUAACAUUUGGUUAUUCUGAAGAUUACUGCUAAUUGUGCAGAAUGGAUGUAAAAUGCUUUCCUUCCCUUUUAAAUUACUUUUACUUUUAUUAUAAUUCAUAUAAUUUUUUAUAAAUGUGAUUUUUAUAAUCAUUACUUUUUCUUUAUUUAUAAAGCACUAAAACACUUAUUUUGAAAACAUAAAUAGAUUAUCUUCAAUUAUAAGAAGCAAACAUCUGAAGCUUUCUAUUGAGUUUUGGUGGAAUGUCUGAGUUUUUUAUGUAGGUUAUCCGCUUUUUUUUUUGUUUUUUCUUAAGUAAGCCUUUAUAGCCUUUUAUAUGAUCAGGUAUAACAUCAAUCCCAAUAUCAAAUCUGAAAAACCGAUGUCCUGCAGCUCAUAAAAUGCAUUGCACUGCCUCCUUUAGAACUUUAUCCCACAAAUAGUCCUGUUCAUUCCUCUCUGCUGCAGUCUUUGCUUCUUAACGUUAGACAUUUCUACUAAAAUAGCUCAACUGCUAAACGUCCUGCUUGUGAACUCAAAGAUUGAGCCUUAAUAUGCACAGACGCUUCAGAAUGGUCCCAGUUAAUUUGUUUUACUACAAACCUUUGCACAUGUUUUCUGGGACAAGUUUCAGGGAAACUUUGGUUUUUGAGAUGCACACCCGUCAUCCGGCUGUAGGUCAACCAAACGUUGGUCUGUUUGGGAAUUUAAACACUUACCAGUGUACAAUCAGCAGGGAAUUGUUUGAAAAAGGCUCUCCUGUACAGCAGCAACUGUACACCGGCCUGCAGGUCAUAAAGUCAGAAAAAGAAAAAAAAUGUGCCAUCACUUUACCAUGGUGUCCUCCUUCCACACUUAAACCUUUUAACUUCUGCAGCCUGACAAACCUGCAGAAACUAAACCUGAGACUAUUUCUUUUGGGCGGUGUUGCAUGCAUGACAUUCUUUAUUUAAACCUUUGGAUAUUGUUAAGACAGACCCAUAUUUAUAUGUAUAUUUAGGUAAUUUUCCAUAAUUAUCAACACUUUUGAGUCGGUUUCAUCAACAGCACAGGAAGUGUUUACUUAAAGUCUUAAGGUAAAAGGAGAAAGAAACAAUUAUUAGCUGAAUUCAUAAUUAGAUAUGUAUUUUUUUAUUGUCAGGUUCACAGUCAAACAUUGUAGCAUGUUAAAAAAAAAAAACGUUCAUUUUAUUGUCUCAUUGGGCUCUCUUGCCUUCGUAGAUCAGGUGUUUAACAUUGACAAAGCUAAUCUCCAUGUAAAUAAUAAUUUCAGUGUUUGUAUACAAAUCAGAACUAUAGUGUUUUGGCACUUGUUCCUGCCUACCGACCUGUUGGGAGGACACACGUUUUCUUCAAUGUACACUUUGUGAAAAUAGACUAGUCACUUAUAAAAUAUGUCCUUCCAGUUGCUGAAUAUUUGAGUUGUAUUUAGAAAUAGGACGACAGUGUUUAACUUAAGUAUUACUAACUGAUUAAAAAAAAAAAACAACAUUAGGCUAUUUAAAUGACUGAUGUGUCAAUGAUUUGUACAGGGUAGCUCAAAAGAGAAACAUGCUUGAAUUUACAGCUUAAAACAAAUUGUAUCGUAACUCUUUUGUCAAAUUGUUCGUUUUUUUGUUUUGUUCAGUGAACAUAGGCUGCAGUUCAAACCACAGGAUUUGAUGCUUUAUUGCAACCUGUAGCGGAGAAUCGGACUCCUGUCUGCAAAAAUGUAUGUUCAAAAUGCUGUGCAGAAUGGUGAAAGAAAUCCGGCUUCAUGGAGAGGACCGUCACAUUUUAGAACUUUCUUGAUGAAUGACAAGUUCCUGUUCAUCCCCUUUACUUUAGUAUUGAGCAUCAGUUCAUGCUGCCGUCUUUGUACCUCAGAGGUGUUGGACUUGUCAUUUGUGGUGCUGAAAUCGUCAAAAAAAAAACAUCUUUCUGCUUUAAUAAAUUGUAGCUGACAUUUAAAAAAAAAACAAAAAACUGCUUUAUUGGUUUUUCUAAAGAUUGUUCUUGGUUUGUGAGCUCCACAAAGGAUAUCACAUCCACCUCUGCUUAGGUGGGAGGGAACAGUGAAGGCAAACCUGAUAUAUUUUCUUUUUGCACUUUCCAGGGAAGUGAAAUGCACAGCCUUACAACCUAAUUUAGGCCGUUUUAAUGAAAACGAUCGUUUUGGAGGGUUUAGCCUGUUGCUCAUUAUUGCACAAAACAGGAAGCACGGCAGCCCGAACCCUUGUUUUGCUUUUAUGCACUGUGACAGAAAAUUCCUCCAAUCAAUAUGCUAUAUUUAUGUGGCUCGUCACUCUGGAGCCUUGCACUUAGAUUUACGAAGUUCUUUUGUAUGAAUAUUUUGUAUAGAAAGCAGUCAUAUCUUUGAGAAAAUGCACCUAGUGCCUUAGAUGCUUAGUUUUUUUUUCUUUUUGUGAUUAUGGCAUGUUUCGUUGCUCUGAGAUUUAUCCGUGGCGUGAGGACGUUUUCUUGGUGCCAUAUUAACUUUGUUUUUGGACAGCUGACAUCAGUAUAUUUGCAGACCUAAAGGCAUUACACAAAGGUGAAGCUUGAAUGAGUGCGGAAAUGAGUAACUAAUAUCUGUCAGGGUUUUUUUUUUCUGCCUUUUGUCUCACGUUGUCGAUGAACAGCACCUUUGGAUCUUGUUAGGGUUUGUUUUUUGUGUAUAAACAUAUAUAUAUUGAAUAAAAUGUAAAUUUGUAGUUGAAAACAAAUGUGAGUCACAACAGUGGAGCAUUAUUUUGCCAAUCCCUUUGAGAUACUUUUGUUCAAUAAAGCACCUUAGCACCUGUGA